AUGGCAGCAUUAAGUGCACACCAUGGCAUAGAAGACGGGCAUUCUGCCUUUGUAAACAGUUCCAAAAUUCUAAUAGAGACCACCAGAGAGAAAUUAAACUUAAUGCAAGAUGUGUCGCAAGAUUCUCACAGCGAAACCAAUCAAAUGACGGACUCUAACGAUGAUUACCCGGCAUCUGGGAAACCGGAAAAGCCACACUCGAAACCAAAUACACAGAUCAAAGUGGUGGUUCCAAUUUGUGCUGAUGUGACAGAAACUCUACACAAAUCCCAUCCACGGCGGAAGCACCACAAGAAAUCUACGUCUCGCGGUAAGAAGGCAACAGACGACAGUUUACGGGCGCUGACGAAGAAAUAUGGAAAUCAUAAGACCGGAAAGAAAACUGUUGUACUAGAUCCUUUAAAGUAUUUACAACAGUUAGAAGGAAGUGAGCAAGAGAAUGGCACCAAAGAUCAAAAGACCACGACCAUAAAAAAGUCUCCACCGGUUCCUCAUCAAGGAUUAGAUCGGGAAGGUGAGAAUACAGGUAGUGAAGUUGCCAUUCCAAAGCACAAAGCGCGACAAGAAUAUAUGUGUCGUGAUUAUAAGGGAUCUACGAGCAUGACUUUGCCUAAGAUUGGUCAUUUUGAUGCAAUUGAUAAUGAAACAUGCACCAUGAAUCUACCUGGGCGGAAAAUAACCUGCGAAAACUGUAAAGCGAGAGCCAUGACAGAACUGGAGGUGACACUGUCAAAACAAUCAGGAGAUGGUGAUUCGUCUGAUUCUACAGAGCAAGUACAUACGUCUAGAACAGUUCACAGACACUGUUGUGCAAAGUCCUCAAAACCGGCAAUUUAUUAUCACUGUUCAAAUGAAACUUCUGGAAAGAAUUUACCCGUGUACAUAGCUCGAACAUUUCUUCACAACAGGCGAAUUCUGACUUGUAACACCCGAACUAUGAAAUCGGAACCAUGUUACCAAACACCCAUCACGAACUUGGCUUUCCAUCCAGAAAGAUACUCCUACCCCAAAACAUACUUCUGCAUAGAGGACUUGAAACGGAAAGAACCAGAGUGUUUCGCACAUCGUGAAAUUCUUCGACCGAACAAAGUUACCCUGCAGUCAUCUAAACUUCCAGCACUUAUAGCGGAAGACUGCCUACCAAUUGAAGAGGUUUCCAUUGGAUUUCGUUUUCGUAUUGGCAAGAAAACAAUGUACCCGAUUCCUAUCGCACUUGAGUCAGAGGAGAGGGUAAAGAUGCACCACUAUGAAAGUCCUAGAAGAAUAGUCCCACGAGCGAAAACAUUUUAUGGACAGUACCGUGCGUAAUGUGUAUGUAUAGAUAUUCAAUACAUCAAUUCUUUAUGAAAUAAAAAAGAAAAUCUGUGGAAAAAAAUGGCGAAUAAAGCAUAUAUAUACCAAUAAGACAAAACAGGCCAUGGGCCGUAAAAUUAACCUGACACCUUAUUUCUGUUUUGUUUGUAAUUAAAUAUUGAAAGAAAAACAAUAAAGACCGGUAUUAAUGCCAC